GUAAAGAUGAAGGGGCAGACAAUGGCGCUGGUGUUGGCCCUCGCGCUGCUGGUGCCGGCUUCUCAGGCCCGUCGCCUCGGGGGAGGAGGAGGAGGAGGAAGAGGAUUCGGGAUUGGAGGCGGAGGUGGAGGCGGCCACAACGGUGGCGGUCACCACGGAGGUGGUAAUGGAGGCCACCACGGUGGAGGAGGCAAUGGAGGACACCACGGCGGAAAUCACAACGGAGGAGCUGGUGGAGGCUUUGGAGGAGGAGCUGGUGGAGGGCAUAAUGGAGGUGGGGGAUUCGGAGGCGGCGGGGGAAUUGGAGGCGGAUCCGGUGGAGGAUUCGGAGGCGGCGGGGGAAUCGGAGGAGGAGCCGGAGGGGGAUUUGGAGGCGGAUUUGGUGGUUAAACUCCUGAUCACGCAACAUAAAAAAGGUAACUGAUGACAACUAAUGAAGCAAUCAUCCACGCAAACCAGAGUUUAAUAAUUGAUAAUAAAUAAUGUAUGUUAGCAGA